UGACAUGUUCCACCUAUUAUUUACUUCGCCCUGUGGAGAUCAAACACAACCCAACCCAAAUCAAACCAUGUACAAAUUAACACGUCAAAUGGCCACAUGGUUUCAUCUGUUCUGACCUCAUUCCAUUUGGAUUUAAUCCAGUUUCUUCAUGAAGACCACAAGUGCUACUUGGAGCUGACCUACAAAUUCGACAUCCAAAAAGAUUGGCCCGCCUGGACAGGUUUUCAAGAAUCAUUGAUGUUUUUUCACGACUCACUUACACUUAGAAUCAUCCAGAUAUUUUUUUUUUCAUAAUCGUGGUAAAAUUUUAUACGAGGUCGGGUGGCAGUGGCAAGAAGUCUGUUACUUGUUGGUGUAUCAUAACAAUACAUACAUUAGGUGCAAUGUGCAAACCUUAUUUUCGUGACUUGCAAGCCAUGUGGCCUUUUAUAGCUGAUUUGUGAGGGAACUUGUUUCUCAGUUUGAAUGAUCAUUGAUUUGUCACAUAAUAUUGUUUUAAGGAAAACCAUCCUAUUGUGAACUUAGAUUCAUAUAGAUAUCUAACAUUAUCGUUUUUUUUAAUACGACUCCCAAAGCUAGAAUAAAUUUUAUAUAGUAUGCAUGUUGCCAGAUUUAAAGAGUAAAUGGCAAACUUAGGGGGGACGGGGCGCCACGUGAUGGCAUCUCCACCACGCGUGGAACCAUCACGCACACUGCCGCCGGUCAUCUCCACAACGCGUGGAACAAACAUAUAACGCGUUGAGAUUUUCACGAGUGAAAAAGUUGUGAGUGAUGAGUGAUGGGUGCCCCUACCCCUAAGAAGUUAGCCACAUAUAAUUAUAUGAUCUGGAAACAUGAUUAUAAGACUAAGUUACUUAUCUAAUAAUGGAGUGUGCUUAGAUACAGAGUACUUAAUAACUCAAUGAUUGUUCAACCCCGUACAUUUGCCUGGUCUGGCUGGAUUGAUUUUACCACUAAAAUAUGAUUAUCAGUUCCAGACAAGCUGAUAUACACCAUUAUUUAGACUAAGAAAUAGAUGUCGGGUCAUUGAACUGAGUAUACAAAUUUUAUAUGAGAACCGUAUAUUCAUAUGGGUUUAGCCAUGAAUUAAAUAUUACCUAUGGGUACGUACGUACAGCCAAUGCCACUCGUAAUAUAUAAAAAUGAAAGAUUUAGCAAUAUGUGCAAAAUAUCAGAUAUAUUGGUAUAAUAAAGGAUUAGGGAGACAAUGCCAUAACAUAACAGCUCAUAUAUGUUUCAAAAUAAUUCAAUAAUGCCAAACUUUGCCUUCAUAACCCACAGAGGCCUUUGCCUCUUCUGUCCGUAUAAAUACCCUCAAAAGUAUAUUAUAUAUUAUACCAAGCUUUCAUAUUUUCGGAUCCUUGAAUUUUGCCUUAGUUUUCAAGAAAGUUGAUAUAGAUGGAAGGCUCAUCAUCUACUUCUACAUCUACAUCUCAUUUCAGAUCUAUUAGUCUACCAUCUAGGUUAACCCAUCCUUCUCAUAAUUUGAUCGAAACGAAAACAAAUGAGCUGAAAGCAUGGGGAGACUUGGUAUGCUCGUCUCAAACCAUUCAAAAUGGUUUGGUUGGGUUGGUGGAGUUGUAUGUUUGCGUGGAUGAGCUUUUUCGAUCUCCACAUACCCAACAAGCUCUUUCACGACAUCAAUGUCGAACUUUGGUCGAAGAUGCCUUGGAGGGGUCAAUCGUGUUGCUAGACUCGUGUAGCAUCCUCAAAGAAAUCAUCGAGCUAAUGAAGGAAAACGUGCAAAUUCUUCAAUCAGUCCUACGAAGAAAAGCUAGCAAUUCGACAGUUGCUGAUCAAAUUGCAACGUUUCUAUGCUUUAGAAACAAAAUAAGGAAGAGCAUCAUCAAAAGCCUUGGGACAUUAAAGAGCAUAGAAAAGAAAAUGUGUCUAGUUUCAUUUCAAGAUGUGGAUCAUCAUGUAUCAAUGGUGAGUAAAGUUGUUGGAGAAGUUAAUGCACUCACAAUCUCCCUAUUCAAAACCAUUCUAGUCUUUUUGUCACCUAAGUCCAAGGCUACUAACGGUUUUCAACUCUUAUCAAAGUUUGUGUUGAGGAGUAAAUCUACACAGGAAAAAGUAAAGGUGUUUAUCAAUGAGGUGGAAGCCAUUGACAUGGCCACCUUGUCUCUACUCAAAAGUUCGCACAACCAUGAGAUGAAUGAUGCUGAUGUCCAAAUGAUCCUAAAGAAUUUGCAAAUUCUAGAUGUUUGCAUUGAUGGGUUUGAUGCUGGACUAAAUUGCCUUUUCAGGAAAUUGAUACAAUAUAGAGCAUCGAUUCUGAACAUGGCUGUUUGUUAGACGUUAAUAGUUUUUAUAUGCAUUUUCGAAGCAUUUGUGGGCAUUUUGUAUCACAGUUUGUUAAUGCGUAGUGUAUAUACAAUGUCAGUUUUUUAUAUUAUUCUCAUUUAUAUCUGGAUUUAUGAACUUGAAUUUUGUUCCCAAAAAA